CCCUCCUGGGGCUCACAGCGGCCCCCGGGCCGGGCGUCAUGGGCGGCCUCUUCUGGCGCUCGGCGCUGCGAGGGCUGCUCGGCGGUCCGCGGGCCCCGGGCUGGAGCCUGCUUGUGCGCCCCAGUUCGGGAGGGCCCUCCUGGACCCGGGAGCGGACCCUGGUGGCGGUGAAACCAGAUGGAGUGCAGCGGCGGCUGGUGGGGGAUGUCAUCCAACGCUUUGAGAGGCGAGGCUUCACGCUGGUGGGGAUGAAGAUGCUGCAGGCACCAGAGAGCGUCCUUGCUGAGCACUACCAGGACCUGCAGCGGAAGCCCUUCUACCCUGCCCUCAUCCGCUACAUGAGCUCUGGGCCCAUGGUGGCCAUGGUCUGGGAAGGGUACAAUGUCGUCCGUGCCUCGAGGGCCAUGAUUGGACACACCGACUCGGCUGAGGCUGCCCCAGGAACCAUAAGGGGUGACUUCAGCGUCCACAUCAGCAGGAAUGUCAUCCACGCCAGCGACUCCGUGGAGGGGGCCCAGCGAGAGAUCCAGCUGUGGUUCCAGAGCAGUGAGCUGGUGAGCUGGGCAGACGCAGCCCCGCACAGCAGCACCCACCCUGCCUGAGGCUCAGGCUGCCUUUACCACCCCAUCCUCCAUGCAGGACCCACUACCUCGGUCAGCAAGAACCCAAGCCCACAUCCCUACCCGCCUGCCCAAACCACUUCCCUGUUCACCUCUGCCCCACCCCAGCCCAGAGGAGUCUGAGCCACGAACUUCAGUGCCUUUCUGUACCCCAAGCCAGCACAAGACUGGACCAAUCCUUUUUGCACCAAAGUGCCAGACAACCUUUUGGGGGGGGUCUUUACAAGGUAGGGUGACCUCUCCUCCUCCAAAGGGGAGGCAUUAAAAUUCACUGUGCCCAGCACAUGGGUGGUGCACUCAUGAUUUCCACCAACUCUGAGGUAGAAAUGAUGCUUAUAUUAUAUAAGUUGUAUGCAGUUUAAGAGUAAAAAUGAAGUUUUACAUGCCUA